CGUUUUCCGAGACACUCCUCAGCUGUGUGCCCACAUUCCGAGCCUGCCACAGAGGGACCUCCAGUCUCAGCACCAUGGACCAACGUGCCAUUCUUCUUCUCUGCCUUAUCUUUCUGACUCUGAGUGGGACUCAAGGAAUACCUCUCUCUAGAACUACACGCUGUACCUGCAUCAAAAUUAGUAAUCAACCUGUUAAUCCGAAGUUCUUAGAAAAACUUGAAAUGAUUCCUGCAAGUCUAUCUUGCCCUCAUGUUGAGAUCAUUGUCACAAUGAAAAAAAGUGGGGAGAAGAGAUGUCUCAAUCCAGAGUCUAAGAACGUCAAGAAUAUAUUGAAAGCCAUCAGAAAGGAAAGGUCUACAAUGUCUCCUCGGAAGCAGAGAGAAGCAUGAUAACUGUACUGCUGACAAGGAUGGACCAGACAGAGGCUGCCUCUGCCAUCACUUCCCUAUGUAGGGUGUAUGUCAAGCCCUAAUUGUCCCUGGUUUACAGUUCUCUGAAAACGUGACCAACCAUAGUCACCAGAUAAGCUGCUACUUCCUACUGAUGUAUGUAUGAAGAUGGAUGGUUCAUCAUCCUGAACUCUUUCAGUAAUGACUCUGCUCUGGCAUUAUACUGUAAGCUAUGCCGAGGUGCUACAUUUUUUAGUGAAUGUACCAAGUCCUAGCUCUUCUACCGACACUUUCUCACUUUCCUAUCUUCUAAGGGUUAUUUUUCAGUCUCUUGGCUUAUCAGAGUUCUCAGAAUCUCAAAUAACAAAGAGGUAUGCAAUCAAAGCAAUGAUAUAACCUGCUUCUUUCAGAAACUUAACUCCAUGGACUUCUACUGCCAUUCUCUCAGGGGUCACAUUUUGACAUUGGUUGUAUACACACAAUUCUAAAUAUAUACAGGAAGCUAGAAUUGUCUGGAAAUGUAUAUGUAAAUACUAUUUAAUGAAAAACUAUACAAAACAGUAGAAUUUUUAGAUGUAUAUGUUUCUCAUAUUUUUUUAGUGUUUAUGGACUAACUUGUAUACUAUGUACUACACAUGAAUGAAUAGUGGGAAAAGUAUGUGCUGGAAGGUUUUCAAAUAAAAACGAUGUGCUUGCCUGAGAAUAUUAAGAAAGAUUAUCUGACUGCUGAGAGGCCAAAACCAUAAUAAAGUAACUGUAACUAA